AUGAGGGAUUAUCCUUCGGUGCCCAAUGUGUUCCGGGUGGCCUCAACGCACAGCAUCAAUAGCGAGAAUCCCUACAAUAACAUCCGUCCAGCGAACGCCAACUGCAACACCAUCGAAAGGCAGCCGCUGGCCAUCCACCAGUUGACCACCAGUGCAUCCAUUGAGCACAGUCACCCAUCGCAGCAGCAACAGAAGCAACAGCAGCAGCAGCAACAGUUGCUGCGCCCCCAACAGCAGCAGCAACACCAACCCCACUCGCCAUAUGCAACAUUGCCGCGGGGCCAGCGAUUUGCACCGCAGCAACAUCAGCAAACUGGCCUGAUCAACACGAUCUCGGGGAGCAUACCAGCCACGGGAUUUGGUUCUCUGGCCAGCAGUUUUAGUGAUCUGCAGCUGAACAACAUCACCAGCAUCAGCAAUCACACUAGCAACAUCACGAGCAACCACAACAACCGACGACAGCAGCAGCAGCAGCAGCAACAGCAUAGGCAGCAGCAACAGCAGCAGCGACAGGUGGCCUCUUUGAGUCGCCAUCAGACUGCCAAAGAGGUGCAGCAGCAACACCAACAGCUUCAGACACAGCAGCAACAUGUCCAGCGCCAGCAGCAACAUCGCCUGACUGGUGGUGUUGCUGGUGCUACCGAUCCGCAAUGUGACACCAGCAACAUAACCACCAUCAACGGGAGUUACCUGUGGCUCCUCACACCUGUUGCAGCCAGCAUAUCGGUGGCCAUUGUCAUCGCUGCUUUGGCAGGACCCCAGUGGCUCUUCACGGAGGAGAAGCUGCCCAACGCCAACUACAACGGGACGGCCAACUUCAAUGCCCUGGACGACGGCGCCUACAUCACCAAGUUCACCAAGUCCAGUCUCUGGAUAUUGUGCACCACGCUGUCAGGUGUUGACUCGUACAAUUGCGUUAAGAUCGACUACUUUCCCAAUGAGGGCUACCAACCGGAUCCACACGACUCAACAGCGGCAAUACCCUAUACGGUCACCAAGUCCUGCCCAAUUUUCCUGGCUGCCGGGGUCUUUUUGGUGAUCAGUUUUAUUGUUUUCCUGAUACCCACAUGCUCGCAUCAAAACAAUCUGUAUUAUUUCAGUGCCGGGAUUCUAUUUAUUGUUAGCGGACUCGUGAUGCUGAUCGGCCUGAUUGCCUAUAUAUCAAUACUGAAGGCGGAAAUCGGCUCCAAGUUGCGACCCCGCUCCACCCUCCAGCCCGCCCUCAUCAAGGUCUCCUACGGCCAGAGCUUCUUCCUCUUCGUCUUUGGAUUCAUCAUCACGGAAUUCGUCGGAGUCCUCAACAUUUUCCUCUUCAUCAAUUUGCAGGAGAUAAGAUACUAUAGUCGCCUGCCCUGCUUUAGUUUGGCAAUCAUCAAUGCCAAGUUGAAGGAAGGUCAGCAUCCGCUGAGCGAUUCCUACAAGCGAUACAAGCAACCUGGCACCAUCACCGCCAGCCAGGAGGGACUCAGCAGUGGAGGUCACCAGGGGCGUCAGGGUCACCAAGCGACGCACCACCCACAGCCGGCAGCGCAGCCAACACACGGAAUCCUGAGGAGCGCCAAUGCCCGACUCCACCAAGUCCACGAUGCGGCACGGGCUCACCCCGGGAAUGCCGCACUCAUGGGUCAUCCUGGACAGACGCAGACUCUGCCUGGAGCAUGUCGCAAACAUCCGAAUGCCGGAUCGAACUUAAACCUCUAUCUACACAACGACCUGGAGAGGCGUUUCUACUUUGAGAAGCCAGCGGUGUCCAAGUGCAAUCUGCACUCGCGCAGUUUCGCAAAGUCGCUGAAUGAGCUCUGCACGGAGGCGUCGGUGUCCACCGGUCCUGUUCCUGUUCCCGUUCCCUUUCCAGCUCCCGUUCCUCCCCUGCCUCUGCCCCUUCCCGCUCCCCUUCCCCUUCCGCUACCCCUUCCCAAUCCCGAUCCAAAUCCCCUUCCUGCUCCAGCUCUCUUCGCUGAUCUGCCCCAGGAAUUUCCACUCACCCGAUCGGUAUCCACUGCCACGGAGAUAUAUCCGGGUGCAACGGGGGCACCACCCUCCUCCCAGAUGAAACGCAAGCAGCAACGGAACAUGGCCACCAAUACGAACACCAAGAUAUCCAACCAUCCGCCAUCCAAGACGCAGCUGGAGGAUCAGCCGCGACUGUGUGGCCUGAAGCGGGGAUUGCGGAAGACCAAGGACGAGCUGUUCCAGGAGUUCUGCCGCCGGGCCGGAAUGCGUAGUAAGCCCAAGAACAUAUACUACAUCAGUGGCGGCGAGGAGGCGGAGGAGGAGGAGGAGGAGCACCAGGAGCAGGUGCAGCAGGCCAAGCGGGAGGAGCUCCAGGAGGUUCCCCAUCGCGACGAUGACGAUGACGCGGACGGGGAUGACAACGGCUUCCUCCGCUUGGAGGAGGAUCACCUCUAUGUGGUGGGAGACCACGCCCAGUUGGUGGUGCCGCGUCGCUCGUCCAUGUGCGUGGACUCCUUUGGCCAGCCCCUCCGGCGACUCAACUCCAACCUGUCGCUGCACACGGAUGGCAGCUAUCCGGGAGUGGGCGGCUAUCCGGGGAUGCGGAUGCCCUUUCCGCCGCCCGCCGAUCUCGACCAGAGUCGCACCCUGCCGCGCUGCUUCUUGCGGCAGUCGUCGGACUCCUUGGCCUCCCAGGGAUUCCCCUCCAGCGCCAGCCAGCAGAGGUUCUCCCAGUUGAUGCUGAACCAGCAGCAGCAGUUGCAGUUGCAGUCCCAGAACCGGUUCGUGUCCUCCACAUUGACCUUGCAACAGGCGGCGCCCAAGGGGCAGGUGCAGUGGCCCACGGCGAUUCCCUCGUCGCCGUCCAACUACUCCAAUAGCUACCAGCAGCAUCCCCAGCCGCUUUAUCCCACACCCACUUCGGCGGCCGGAGGAACUGGACAAGCUGGAGGAUCCGUCUCAGGUCCACCGAAAUUCCAGCGCGGACUCGCCUUCGACGAUCCGCAGAGGAGGACCAGUUUCGUGAGCGACGCCUUCGAUCUGGACGAGAUCGAGCGGGAGCGACGGCGCUCCCAUGCCAAUCUCUUCGGCAUCGGUCAGAAUAGGGACAUGACCAGGGAUCCCUACGACAUCAUCAAUGGCACCGCCGUCUAA